AUGACACUUUUAAGUAUCAAACCCAUUGCUUGGGCAUAUGCUAUGAUAACAUUAGGGACUGAAAUGCUAAAUUCUGUCUUCAGUUUCUACUAUGUGAAGCUGUUUUUACAUCUGUACAAGAUUUCAGAAGUGGCUUUUUACCAAGCCCAGAUGAUUUUAAUGAUCUGGAAUGCUCUUAAUGACCUGACUGGGUAUUUUCACAACUCUCAGGCUGACUGCUGUUCUGGUCGUCAUAGUUCUGUGUUGUAUGGUGCCCCUUUGUAUUCGAUAGCCUUCCUGCUUCCUUGGUUCCCUUGGAAAUACUAUCACGAAGGUGACUGGCUGAGUGGACUUCAUCUGGUGGUAUCGCUAUGUGCUUUUGAUAGCACGCUUACCUUCGUUCAGCAAGCCCAGUAUAUGCUGUUUGCAGAGAUUUUCACUAGACAUGAAAGUCGGCUUCAGCUUAUUAAAAUUAACCAAGUGGCAUCACUAGUAGGAUCCACCAGCAUCCUCUUUGGUGGCCUCAUCUCUGAUAACAUGGAAAUUUUCUUCAAUUUUCAGGCCUUCACUGUGCUCAUUGCCAUUCUUGCCACUGCCAGCCUUUACACUGGCAUGUACCGCAUGAGUCACUUUGGACUGAAAAGCCCUGAGGAAAACCUCUUCUCCGAAAGUGAACAGGAUCUCCCCUGGACCUCCAUCAUCUCAUUGAUGAGACAGCUCUUGACCCAGAAAAACCUUUGCCUUUUUCUGAUAAUGAGUUUCUUCCAAGUCUUCCAUUUAACUUUCUUCAAAAACUUCAUGAUGAUCUUUGCAGAUAAUCUCAUUCCCAAGGACGUUCUUCCUUCUUUCCUAAGGAGCAUCAUGUAUGGGGCAGGCUUUAUUUGCCCACAGUGCCUUGUAUUUAUCAGUCAGUCCUGGCUGAAGAAGUUUGGUUACUAUAAAAUUAUCUUAAUUUCUUUCUACCUAGAAGGAACAGCCUCCAUUGUCAUGUCACUUCUUGGACAGCAAUACUAUUACCUUUUGGCUCUUUAUCUCACUAUUAUCAUGGUAAUUGUGCAAGCUUCUUUCUGUUUGUUUAACCUGCCACUAGCUGACAUGGUGGAUGCAGAUUUACUGAAGUUCAAUCGGCAGUCACCCCUUUCCUCAAUGGUUUUUGGCAUCAAUGCUUUGUUUACCAAACCUGCUCAGUCUUUAGCUCCCAUGAUGAUACUCUCUAAGCUAAAACAGUAUGGAUAUGGAAACGCAGAUAAAAGUACAAUUUUCGAUCUUCAUGAUGCUAUGUUUAAUUUGAUUUGCCUGGUCCCCCUGGGCAUUGCAGUAAUUCAGAUUCUGGUUUGGAGUCCAUUCUCAAUGAGGAACAAGACAGACUACACAGGGGCUCUUUAA